AUGUCCGCCUCGAUAAUCCAAAAAAUCGAUCUCCUCCUGGCCCUAACCCCUACAACCCAAAACCUAAACUUCUUCUCAAACCUCCACUCGCUAAUCCACUCCAUAGAUGGGGCCACCUAUCGGGUAACAAGCCGGGAACUGCAAACCCGGCUCCAAAACUCCAGGGCAAACAUCUCUGUCCGGUCCGACGGCCUCAAGGCAACCCGGAAAUUCCGCGACUUGCUAAUCGACCUGACGGGUUCGGGUGUGCACGGCGCUUUGCAUAGUACGCUGGGGCACGAGGCGGUUAAGGACCUCAAAGAUGAGGGACUGUUGAGGAAGUAUAGAGACGCGAGACUCGCGGGGCUGCAGAAGUUGGGGAUGUUGGUGCUCAAGAGAAAGAGCGUGAACGAGGAGAUAAAGAAAUUUAAAACUACGGCAGGAGGGAAAGAGACGAUGCUUGUGCUUACCUUUGUGGCUAAGGUGCUCGAUAGUAUGAUUGCCGAGGAGGAGGUUGGGCUUAAACUAUUUGAUCUGGAGGUUAGGAAUAGGGAGCCGUUUGCCGGGGCAGGGGCAUAGUAUGGAUGGGAUGUUUGACUCUUCUUGGGAUUUGGUUUUUGCGAUGGGUAGGUAUUUUCUGGUUUGUUCGUGUGGUUGUGUGAUUUUUUUAGCGGUGUAUAUGUCCUUGCUUGUCAUUUGUAGGUCUUCAUGGUGUAGAGAAUAAUGAGAUCUGGAAUCUCACAUAAAGACCUGUGUUAACGCAGUAUGAUACCUUCUAGAGUAAGGGUACCGUAGUUGGUAGUGAGUUACCUGGCCAAAAGGUUUCGUUUGAUGGCAUUUUUUUUUUCCGCCGAGCGGCGACUACUUUGACCUUCGCCUCGAGAAAAACGUCAUUAAGAAUCUCCUAGAAUUUCAUGGGACGUUGGUAAGUUUGUAGAUGGCACACAAAACGUCCCGUAUCAUUUCAUGUGCUACCCAAUACCUCACGGGAAGCCCCUUUCAGUUUCCAUGAUACAGUUGCAGAUGGUGAAUUCAAAUUUGAUUAUUGAAAGCUAG